AUGGCCGCAUGUGUUGCCCCGCGUUCAAGGCGCCCUCAACCAUCAGCCGGCGGACCGGCCAGGGGAGGAAUUGCGCCUGUGACAGCGUUUACCGGCCUGGCAGCCAAGACCCCGCUGGCAGGAUUUGUCCACCCGACGUCCAAGCAAGAUUACGUCACGGACUGGCUUGUCACCGCCCGUCAGAAACAUGUGACGGACCUCCAAGCGGCGCUAGAAGAAAUGCACCUCGACGUGGCGGUGCGAAGCGACAAGUUGCGUCAGCAAGCGCGUGGACGCCGCGACCGAAAAUCCCAAGUCAAGUUUGCGGGUUUUUCGGUCGGCGGUUUUGUACUUGUCGGAUCGGUCGUCAACCGUCCGACAAAAUCGGCCCUGCAUUGGCGAGGACCCUGCAAAGUGACCAGAGUCAUCACAGACCAGUUGAUGGAGACUCAGCAGCUGGUUCCACCGUAUGAAGUCACGGACCAUCAUGCAUGCCGAUUGAAGAUGUACCACGAAGGUGACCUCGAGACGCAGAUUGCGUUUGGCGAUGGCGGAUUUCAUGUUGAGCGCCUGGACGAAGCGCGCUGCGUGGAUGGCCAACACCAAGUUUUGGUGAAGUGGCUUGGACUUGACGAUGAAGAAUCGUCCUGGGAACCUGCGGCGAAUUUGCUGGACGACAUUCCAGUCGUAUUUCGCAAGUGGGCGGCGGCCAACAAGGAAGACCCUGCCGUGGCCGCCCUCAUCAAGACACUGGACUUUCCGUAG